AUGGAUAGUAAUAAACUAAUAAAAACUUAGUAAGAAAAUUAAUCAUAAGGGAAUGAUGAAUCCACAAGGCAUUUGAGUGAUAUCUUAGCUAUGAAAUACACAUAAAUUUAAUAAAUUCCUUCUUAAACAAUCAACUUUAGAAGUCUUAGAUAAAGGUUUGGAUUAAUUUAAGAUUAUUAUUCUUUGCCACUUAAAUUUGAAUAAUUGUUAUAAACCAUGAAAACUAUCGAAUGGACUUAUUGGAAGAAAUAAAAGCCAAUCGCUUAUGAAAUUAAAACUAAAGCUUUCAGGAUCUUAUAGAUUGGAUAAUUAUUGAAACUUGAUUAAGAGCUUUAUUAAAUAAAAAUUGUAGAAAAAUCUAUUUAAAUUGUUCCUAAGGAUAUUCUAAUUGAAAAUUUACCUUCAUUUCAACCAUUCGCUUAUUAGUUACCAUCUGUCUUUGAAAGUAGAAUAACAAAAGUCAGAAGUAUUUUAGAUUAAUUAGUGCAAACUGUUCAUGAAAAUUACCUACACAUAAUUAACCAAUAGAAUUUUAAAGAAAAAUCGCUGAAAUCUAAAAUUUAUUACCCUACAUUUGAUUUAAACUUAGUCCCAGAUAUAAGUACCAUUAUAAAUAUAUUCUGAAGACCAAAAAGUUUAGCUUCAACAAAUUAUCGAAAAUACUAUCUAAUAUUUUAAUAAACGAACAGUCUCUUUUAUGUUUUACCCAAACUUAAUUAAUUAUUUGUUAAGUAAAAUAGAGAUGAAAAAAGAUUAGAUGGAAAAAUACAUUCAAUUUUUGAUGAAAGUUCAACCAGAUUUUUUACAGAUAACAAAUUAAAAGAAAGAAUAACUCAAAUUAAAAUGGAUAAUCUAAUUAAUAAAUAAAGCACUGUAGAAAAUUAAAUUCAAUAAUUGGAAAACUUAUUUAUAUUGA